AUGAGUAUAGGAAGCAACAAAGUGAAGUCUUUAGAGCUGUUUUUGUGUCUUCACCCGUUCGCUUUGAGGCAUGUCGUUUUUUUAUUAUUUCUCUCCAGUUCUUUAUUUCUUCAACUUCAUAAACACGGAUCAUCUAUAAUGAAAUCAUAUCAACAGGCAGUAGAAGUAUCAGACACAAAAAUUGAAAAUCGUUCAACAAGCGCAUAG